GCCACCGGCGGCAAAAAGGGGACACACGCAGCACUGAGGAGGAACUGAGAAUGAAUGACCGCGUUCAAACAAAGUGGCCGUGAGUUUCUGUUGGGAAAGCAUCAAGAUCUGCAGCAAACUGUGCAGGAUUGCCUUCAUCUCCGAAAUCCGGGUUGCAGCCGGUGAUUGGCAGGAGGAGGAGAGUCUGACGGAGGAGCAGAGGAAUGUUGGCAGCCAUUUAGUCUGAGCUCAACAACGGAGGAAACAUGGAUUCUUCACAAAAAAAAUGUAAACACAACAAUGGACUGAGAUGUCGGACCUCUGAGGAGGAUAAGGAUGGUUCGGCAACAACAGCAAAAAGAGAUGAAUCACUCAGUUGUGAGCAAUGUGGCAGGACUUUUAUCACAGCAACAAAGCUAAGAAUUCACAAACGUAUUCACACUGUGGACAAAUCAUUCAGCUGUGAUCAGUGUGGAAAGGCUUUUACGAAGAAGAGUAAUCUAGUAAGUCAUCAACAAAUUCACAGUGGAGUUAAACCAUUCAACUGUGAUCAGUGUGGAAAGGCUUUUACUCAGAAGAGUAUGUUAAAAAGACAUAAACUCUUUCACAGUGGAGAUAAACCAUUCAGCUGUGAUCAGUGUGGAAAGACUUUUACUCUGAAGAGUGAUCUAACACGUCAUCAACUCAUUCACAGGGGAGUGAAACCAUUCAACUGUAGUCAGUGUGGAAAGGCUUUUACUACCAAGACUCUGUUACAAAGACAUCAACUCAUUCACAGUGGAGUUAAACCAUUCAACUGUAAUCAGUGUGGAAAGGCUUUUACUCAGAAGAGUAAUCUAACAAGACAUCAACUCAUUCACAGUGGAGUUAAACCAUUCAACUGUGAUCAGUGUGUGAAAACCUUUACUCAACAUGAACAGUUGUUGAUCCAUCAAUGCCCCCAUUCUGGUAGAAAACGGUACCACUGUGACUCCUGUGAAAAAACUUUCAACAACCAACAGAGCUUAAAAUGUCACCAACGCAUCCACACUGGACAUGAUGUGUACCGAUGUGAUUACUGUGGCAAACCAUUUUUACGGUACUCAAAGUUAAAAGCUCAUGAAGUGACCCACACUGGGGUUAAACCAUACCUUUGUCACCAGUGUGGGAAGUGCUACAGCUACAUUACAUGCCUCAAAGUUCACCAACGUGUCCACACUGGGGAGAGACCAUACAGAUGUGACGAGUGUAAGAAGACUUUUACAACUUUGUAUUCCCUGAAACAACACCAGCAGAUCCACACCAGAAAGAAAGCAUUCAAUCAAUGUCACAGUGAGAACAGAACAGAUAGACAAAACUCUCAGACUUGUCAGCACUCUGCCAAUGGUGAACAGUGCUGCUUUGACCAGUCUGGACCAACGUCCAACCAACAAGGAACCCUACAACGACACGAGCGUAUGCACACUGGACACAGACUGAACCCCUGCCAAGAAGAUUUCUCCAUGCAGGGUUCAGUAAAAGUUCAUGAAGUCCUCCACAAACUUAAAGUCCUUGAGAUCCGGCUUCACAGAAUUCAGGUCUAAUUUCUUGUUUCGUGUCUUUGUUGCUUCGUUGCAAAAUCCAUUAAGAGGAAAGCUGUCGUUAACAGACAUGACUGUUAAUUAAACCCUUCAAAGUGGUUACUCAGUUAAAUGAAUUAUCAGUGGUAGAGGGAUAGACGUCUGGAUGGAGGCAGUGAGCAGCAGGGCGAAUUUCCUCAAUUACCAGCUUAAUGGUUCCUGAGAUCCCUCUGGGCUGCAGGAACCUGUUAGAUGCAGAGCUGGUUCAGUGGUUCUCUGAUGAUUGAUCAUAAUUAAUUUAGGAGAUUACUGGCCUUAGGAUUCAUGUCUGACCGUCGCAAGUAGAUCAACUAAUCUCUGAUUAUGUGUGAGUUGAAAUACAAAAACAUGAAGUGUUCUAUGAAAAGUCCAAUCUUUGAAAGCUGACAUGUCGUUCAGAAUCAUUUCUUUGUAAAUUAGCUGCAUCCAGUCAUUACCAUGAUAUUGGCAUCAUGGAACCAUGACCACAUAUGUGUGUCUGGAGAUAGUGGCAUUUUUAUAACGGCACAUUUUCAUGCUUUGACAGAUACAGUGAGGGAAAAAAAGUUUUCAGACACCCUGAAAAUUUUUACACAUUCUUAAAUAUCAUGAAAUAUUUGUUGAAAAGUCUUUUUUGUGUGUUUCUAAGGGUGUGGCUGCAUCAGACAGACACAAAUACAAAUUACAUUUUUUUGUUUGUUGUUUACAAGAAAAACUGACAAAACUAAAUUCUACCAAAUUUCUCAUUUUAUGGAACCAGUCAAUUUUCAGUUUUAUUGUCUUUUUUAGGAUGUGUUUAGUUUUAUGAUUGUACUAAAAUAAAUGACUCUUGAAGACCUCAAAGUGAUUCUUAAUGCAGUAUUUCACAAAUGUAUGGGAUGUCCAAAAACUUUUUUCCACUGCUGUAUUUAACAACAAUCUGAUCUGCUGAUGUUAGCAAGACAAACAAGUGAAGGUUUCAGGCUUUUAUGUAGAAUUGUUCUUGAGAUAUUCAUCUUCAAACAGCCUCAAAUUUCAAUGUGAGAAAAUAAAAACGAGUGAAACUGGGUCUACAGUCCACUGAAAAACCUCUAAGAAAGUAUCUGUCAUACUGAGCUAAUAUUUCAUGGAUGCCAUUAGAAAUAUCCAUAGUUUAUGAUUUAAAAAAAAGUUUUUUUGGGAGAUGGUCAGUGAUUUGAAAUGGAGUUCCACUGUUGAAAAACCUCAAUCUCUGAUUCCGACAUCAGUGCUCCAUUGUUGCAGUUGUGGCGUUGUCUUUCAGAUGGUCCUAACACAGGCCACAACUGCUCUGGAAACAACACUCGUUCUUGUUUGGAACAGUUUCUCUGUAGAAAUUACACAGCAAUGUCCAAGUUCUCAGCGGCUCCAGUAAGGAAGACUCUUAAUGUGCGGAAAAGCAUCCUUUGACUUCUUCCUGGAGGUUUUUCUUGUCAGAAAUUGUCUUCCAGUGAGGGACUUCUGACUCUCUGUUCACUUUUCUUGUCCUCUAAUAUUGUUAAAACCCAAGAAUCAAUGUUUUGGUUCAAAUCACGUUGUAUUUGCAUGCAGCUCUGUGUUUUUUGCUCCAGGAAUUGGGUGAUGUGUGCGACCCAGCAUCCACAGCUGGUUGGGUGUCAUGUGGCUCUGUGUUCUGAUUGGAUGAUUGUCCAACCACUGCCACAAGUAUGAAGGUCAUCCUGCAGGUGUGGCAGGAACACGGAGUGGAAACACAAUAGGGCUGAAUCCCAAACCGCCCCCUACACACUAUCCCUACACACUACCCCUCCGUUUGUGCGUUCCCGCGGAGGGUCCUCCAUAUUAAGGGCCGUCCCAAACCGCGUAGUGCGGAGGGGGAGUGGACUGUUCAGCCCUUAAAUAGCGAGUCUGCAUCGAUGCUCACUCUCGACAACUUUUUCAGGAAGUGCAACGUCAAAAUGGAGGAGGAAACAACAUAUUGAUAUAAGUUCCACAUGCGUCCAUUAUUUCUCCCAUGCCUUUUUCACACUGACAGAACAUCACAAAAAGAGUGGUGAAAAAAGAUAAAUCAAAAGAAACAAAUCUUCUCUGCUGACGUUUGAUUUAAUUGUGCACCCCCUGACACCUUAAAAUUUGAACACAACUGACAGAAUUCAUUUAUUCAUUCAUUUGUUGGAUUUGAAAUGCCAGGUAAUAGGAUUGGAAAACAUGUGGGAUGACUUCAAAUUAUUUGAAGCAGAAUGUAGCCCCUACAUCAUUGCCUGCAACCUGUGCCACAGCGCUACAGCCAUGCACAGUAGGCGUCUUUGUGUUACCAUGGCGAUGACGUCUUCUGUUUUCCGCUGAGGCGACGGCGUCCCAUUCCUGACGAUCGUAUUUAUACCCUCCCCCUUCAAUAGUAGGUGCCCUCAACAGCUGCGAGUGUGAUUUCUUUUGGAGCGACACUCGGUAGUGUAGGGGGAGUGUGUAGGGGGCGGUUUGGGAUUCAGCCUUGGUGUGUUCAUGUGGCCAUGCUGAGGAAUCCCUCUGCUUCAAGCUCAUGGAGAACAUCAUAGUAGGUGCUGGUUACUGCCCCCUACAGGUCUCUACACAGUCCUUAAUCCUGGAGAAUUAGAAAACGAAUAAAAAAUAUAUUUUAACUUCAUAUAAUAAAAAGUUAACUUACACUCAACUUCUCACAUGACUAAUUAUGGUAGAUUAUGACUAAUUUUAAUGUGAACAUUUUUAAAGAAAAUAUUAGAAGUUUUACUGAAAUAUAUGUAAUCACUUUAGAUAUUUUUAGGAUUUUUUGGGAAGAUUUUUACAACAAUUUUCUUGCCAAAUUUGGGGGAGUUUUUGAAAAGAAAACGUUUAAGAAAUUACUGGAAUUUUCUUCCUGAAGGUUUUGCAAAUUUUCAGAAAUUUGUGGAAUUUUUUUGCUAAUUUUUUUAUUUUUUUAGACAAGGAAACAAUGUUUUUUGGUGCCUGUAAAUGAGGACAACAGGAGGGUUAAAACAUUAAAAGGCAACAUUAUUAAGGUUUCUUUUAUGAAACGUUUUUCAUCAACAAGUACACAAAAUAGAUUAAAAAUAUAAUCUAACAUAUUUACUGAUUAAAAACUUUAAAUUUCUUCUUUAUGUUGUUCUUCUGCAUAACUCACUAUUUCAAACUGGCUCAUGUUACUUCCAUGUGAUCUGCCAUUAAAACGGCCACAUUCUACCAUAAACACUGUAAAUAAUAACACACCUGCUCAAAGUUAAAGGCCAACAUACGACCCAAACAUAACAUGGAUUUGGUGCCACUUUCAACUAAGAUGAUCUCUUCUGUUAAACAAACCGUUGAUUAUGAAUCUUUUUUCCAGAUAUGAAGCUGCUCCUUCCAGGUCCACAGACAGUAAACAAAACAAAGCUCUCUGUAAAAACCCUCAGAAUGUUGAAUAGAAUAAAUGUGGACAGUUUCAUGA